GAGGGAUUAUGCUUGACUCUUUGGAAGGCUAGUUAGAUGUGGCAGUGCCAAUCUUAAUGGAAUAGGAACCCACGAAAUACAUAUCAAUGAGAUAUAAGACUCCUAUAACUGACACGUGGUCUCCGAAAUUGUCUAAGCUAAAAUGAGUGGGGAAGAGAUCUAAACCAUAAUACCAUUUUCUUCUAACUAAUAAAACAAUUCCAAUAAUACUUUGAGACAAAACUUCUAAGUAACAUUUUUUUUAUUUAACAUUUUCACACUCAAAUUGAUAUUGGCUUUCUCUGUUUUACCCAAAAACCAGAAGAGGUUGUAAUGGAGAAGAAGGAGAUGUAUUCAGUGUGGGCAAUUCCACCUGAUGAGGUUGUAACCAGAGUGAAGAAACUCAUGGAGUAUCUUCGAGCUGAGUUCGGUGGACCCCAAUUCCAACCCCACAUCACAGUCGUUAGGGCCAUAAGUUUGAGUCUUGAUGAAGCUCUCAACAACUUCAGAUCAUCAAUUUCUCAACCUCUCAAAGCUUACAAUGUUACCUUUGAUCCAAUCACUAUAGGGUCUGGUGUAUUGUACCUUCCAAUUCACCCAACCACUGAGGUAGUUGAAGCUUGUUCACAUUGCUCUGAACAUUUUGGCUACAAGAGAUCAACACCAUACAUGCCGCAUUUAAGCAUCCUCUACGCAGAUUUAACAGAGGAUGAGAUGAAAAAGGCUCGAGACAGAGCUAACAUUCUUGAUGAUAGCCUUAGUAGCUUGAGCUUCCCUAUAUCUCGCCUCGCGUUGUACAAAACCGACCCAGAAGACAAAACUCUCGAGUCUUGGGAAAAGAUUUUCGAAUGCAACCUCGAACCCAAGUAGAUCUUCUCACAAUACUUGGAAUGUUGUUUGAUUUUGAGAUGUUUAAUGAAGUUGUCAUCUAGGCCAAAUAGUUUGAAGGAAUUUUCUUCUUUAGCUUAGUCAAAUCUUUUGAAAGGUCAAUUGGGUUAAGAAAAUUCCAAUUAUGGCUAUGCAAAAGAAACUCGAAAUAAUUAGGAAUAAUGUAUAGGGCAAGAGAUGUUCCGAGUUUGAAGGUGUUGGGCACUACAAUAAUACAAGAGCGUGAAGUUCAUAUAUUCGUCUGGUGUUUAAUAUUAUUGGUGCCUUGUAACAAUAUUCAAUUACAAGUAUUUAUAGUACUCGAAAACGAAAAACACCAAAUCUAAAGGUUGGACUUCGACAUUAAGUCUAGUUUGAACCGACAAA